AUUUUUUUUUUAAAUAUUUUUAUUUUUACUGGGGAAAUUGGUGACACUUCUUGCUGUCCAGUCAUUAGUGGACCGGGUUAGACGUGUCCGUGCUGCCUGUGAUCAUUUCCAUGGUCUCGCCGCUAGGGCUGCUCGGCUCUCUUUUGUUCGAGACUCUCCGGUGUUACUGAGAGUAGCAAAGGACAGACGAAGAGGACUAUGGUGUCGCCGUCUCUUUAAACCUAUUCUUUGAUCAAUUAAGGCGCAUCUCGUGUUUUUCUGCGGCGGAGUAGCUUGCUAACAUCAAUGUUAGCAACUAGCCUGUACGUGUAAAUGCUAUGUACUAGAAUGGACCUGUUGAACUCUCAGUUCCUGGACAAAAUGAACAAUAACAUUGGGAGACUACACUACGAAGAUGAGUCCAGGAUGCCCCCCCUGUCUACUGGCAUGUCAAACAUAACUGGGCCUCCUCCUCAAUGCCCCAGCAAAAGAAAGUAUGGCGAGGAACAAAUGGAACAUCAAAUCAGCUGUGAUGAUGACCACAUGACCAAAAUGAGCAGACUGUUGGCUACUCAGCUAGCCAGGCCCUCUGCUGGGAGUAAUCAUAAAGACCACUGGAGCCUCAGUCAAGUCGAGCAUAUCGCUUCUUCCCCAAAUGGUAUCCAUGGUAACCACCUGUAUGCAUCCAUUCCUGGCUAUGAUGUGGACCAGCCUCUGGCUCUGACCAAAAUCAGCCAUAACACUGGGAUCAGCAAGAUCCAGAAGGCUGUUGUGAGUGACCCAGUGGAACGGCCGCAGAACCGUCCUUCAGUCAUUACCUGUGCCCCUGCCAGCAACCGCAACUGUAACCUCUCACACUGCCACAUGAAUGGCUGUCUACCUGCUGACCAGAAGAGGGCCAAUGCGAACACCGCGUGCGACCCGGUGAUUGAGGAGCACUUCCGCCGCAGCCUCGGGAAUAACUACAAAGAGUCGGAGGCCGUGUCCAACUCUGUGUCCAUCACCGGCUCUGUGGAUGACCACUUUGCCAAGGCACUGGGUGAUACCUGGCUCCAGAUCAAAGCCCGGGGCGGGGGUCACCCAACCCCCGAGGCUGACCUUUGAGCUACAAGAGAGCAAUUAAUAUAAUGACUUUUUCUACGAGCGAGAGUGGAAAUUGCUCACUGUCCUUUCUUGCCAGUAAUGAAUUCUUCUUAGCCAAGAACAGAGCAAGAUGUUGAGCAAACAAGCAGAGCGCUUGUUGAACCUCAAGGUCGGCCUUUAAGAACACUCCGAUUCGGAUGUGAAGCUAAACGUUUCUAGUGCGAGGGACAAACUGUACAGUCGUGGGUUUAUGAUAAGAUUCCUGAACCGGUCAGUUGUUAGUCAAACACUCACCUGCCUAAUAGCCAAAGACAUUUCCUGUGUUUUCCAUCAACUCUAAAGCCAUAGAUCAAGCCUUUGAUUCUCCUCCUGAAAUGGACUCUUUUGAAUCUCUUACUUGAAAAGAAUAUUUCACGCUGCUGCUCUCCUAACCGAUGGCGCGGGGCAAGUAAUGUGUUCAAAAGAAGGGCUUCGGGACGACGAGACGAACCCUCCGCUUUCUAUAAACGAACUGGACGGAUCAAACUUGUAGAGUUUAGUACACUAAUACCAAUCAGAGCUGAUGCAUCUAUAGAGUCUAAGAUAGCUGGUUUUAUUACAAUCUAUACUAUAUUUACUCCAAAUUUUAUUUUUAUCUGUAACGUUUUAGAAAUACUCACUGCUGGUACAGUUGUACUCAAUCUAUUUUUUUUGUAACAGGUUUUCAUGACUAUUUGUAUCUCUUUGGCACCCGUCUCCGAGUGGCAGCCUCUGGAAAGGUUUGUCUUGAAUGCAGUUUGGAUUCCUUUUGUUGCGGGUCUGCAGAGCAGGAUGCUGUAGCUUUACACAUGACUGAAAACGCCGAAAUCUCAUUUGUGUGUAGCAGUGGUUUUAUUUAUUCCUGCUGACUUCUGCUAAAGUUUAGUGAAAGAACUAGAAUAUUUUCCUAUCUUCAAAGUAUCAUUUUACUGCAAACAUGUGAAGCCUUCGUUUGUUCACCAACAUUCCACUUUUUUUUUCUUCAGUUGAUAAUAAAAUUGGCAAAAAAGUUUUUUUUUUCCCCAAAAAGUUUGAAAUUGUAGCACCUACAUAUGAAAUAUGUAAAGUUGAUUAUGAAAACACUCACCUGAAGUUCUUUAUUUGUUACACUUGUUUGUAUUUUUCACUAAAGACUGUCAUUGCGCCGUGCGGAAUGACACAGAUUUUGUUUUUCUUUGUUUUUUUUAUUAUUCUGGAGUAGCGUACUCGUGUAGAACUAAUCUGUUUUUUCUGAUGAUGAAUACGUGCAGGAACACAGCGGUCUUUGGAUGGAAGACUUCGUUCAGAGUUUAGAGUUGAAACGUCUCCUAUGUGCCAUUGUAGAAAUGAGGGAUUAUCACUGAGUCUGCUUGUUUGAUACAAGUGUGUGUGUGUGUGUGUGNGGGGGGGGGGGGGUAUAUUAGGUCUCUGUUAUUUAAUUUCUGUUUUUAGACUACCUGUAUCUCGGAGAAUGUUUAUAAAGUUUGACACUCAGAUCCGUCAUUGUAGAAAUAAAAGUAGAUUUUUUUUCUUUUUUUUUUUAUCACUUUUGUUAUUUUGUCUGGAAGACAAAACAGCUUUUUUGUACUUACCUCUCUUCCAAAUAAAUACAUAAUACCUACUUUUGGA